AUGGACGAUAAAAAGAAAGUAUGGGUCGACGAGCCCUUCAUUCUGAUAAGCCCUUCAAGAAGCGGCGCUGAGAUAGGCAAAAAGCUUCCUCCUGCCAGAGCACUUGCUGCUGAAAUGUCCGUCGUGCACAAUGGAUUGAUCCGUGGGAUCAACUCUGUUUACAAUCAAUGUGUCAAUGUUGCAACCAAGGGCAGUAAACAAGACAAGAUUGACUUUGCGAAUUAUGCGUCACAGUGUGCAAAGCUCUUGCACAUGCAUCAUGACCAUGAAGAGGAAACACUUUUCCCGAAGAUGAAUGAACUUGCUGGAGUUCCUGGACUAAUGGACGGCAAUGUUAAAGAGCAUGCAGCAUUCCAUGAUGGAUUCGCCAAAUACGAUGAUUAUCUCACACUUGUCAAAGAAGAGAAGGUCGAUCUUGAUGGGGAGACUUUGCGAGGUCUUAUUGACAACUUCAUGCCAUCCCUAUACAGUCAUCUCGUAAACGAGGUCGAUUCCCUGGUCGCUCUCGAGAAAUAUGACGAAAUAGAUUGGAUUCAGUGGUUUAACAAUGAAAUUGAAAAAUGGAACAAAGUUUUGAUGAGGCAAUCAGAUUUUCGAAUCUUUGAAAAAUCCGCGUUUGCAACAGAAGUUGGUGCCGCACUUGUCAUUACGCCCAAUGGAGUCCAGAUUCUCUCCCAGCUCGGAUUUUCCUUCACCAAUGCCCGAGCGGUAAAGUUAAAAUUUUGGAAUGUUCUUAAUGGCGAAAAUAUGACCUUAUUGUCGAGUAUCGACCUCCGCGCUGCAAACGAACGAUUUGGAGCAGAGCCUUGGGCUGUACAUCGCGUGGACCUCCACAAUGAAUUACUUCGUCUAGCAACUUCUUCAAAUGGCCCCGGUACACCAGUUAAGCUUCAUCUAUCUUCUGAAGUACUUCGAGGCUCAAUAGAUGGUGUUGUUUUUUUGAAAGACGGCUCCACUUACAGUGCAGAUCUAGUUGUUGCAGCAGAUGGUCUUAAAUCUGUUUUGAGGGAGGAAGUAACGUCAGCACAACCAAUCAUAUCGACAGGUAUGAGUGCAUUCCGCUUCUUAGUUGAUACCCACCAAAUCAAAGAAAAUGAGAAGCUGGCUGGGCUUAUGCCAAAGCUCAGUGGUGGAGCAAAUCUUAUUGCGGACGUGAAAGAGACUGCAAAAGAGCGACAUAUGAUGUGGUAUGCAUGUCGAGAUGGUGAAGUUCAAAAUGUUGUAGGCAUACAUCCAUCAAGAAAUUUUAACGAAAUUGAUUCAGAGAUGGCAAGAGAAAUCAUGCUUGAUGAGUUUCGAAAUUUUUCUCCAGACUUAUUGGAAGCAAUUAGGCAAGCUUCUGAAGUAAAGUGUUGGCCGUUGUUCACUCAUGAGCCCCUACCCGUCUGGCAUAAAGGCCGUAUUGUUUUGAUCGGUGACGCAGCACAUCCGAUGUUGCCGUUCGGUGGACAAGGUGCGAACAUGGCAAUAGAGGAUGGAGGCUCACUGGGAUACAUUUUUAAGAAUAUCUUUGAUACGGCAGCUAUUCCAGAAGGAUUACGUUACUUUCACAACGCUCGGCAUUCACGCGCCUCAAGGGUGCAAAUCUUGUCAAGUGUACGUGCAGGUAAAGAAAAGGAUGUCGAGGAGAAGCUUCUUCAAUACAGUGACCCCCCAGGUUCAAGAGUACCUACAAAUAUGAUGGAGCGUACAGCGCACGAUUUUGGGCAAGUGGGAACGUUUUGA